UGAGCACACAGCGGAGUUUCGUUUCCCUAAUGAAAGUUUUAAUUUGGGAUCUGUUCUUUAACACGAGAAAGGAGAAGCGCAAGUACAGUAGUACGAGACGGGGAUACCAAGAAAGAAUACGCAGUUUUAUUCGUGCACAUGACAAUACAAUAGCUCUGAAGGGCGACAGAACGACGCCGAUCCUGACAUAAUAAUGAUGGCGGAGGCCGACGCGGAAGAGAACGUGUACCGCGAGGCUGUGGCGGAGUCGCCUGUUGCGCCACCGAAUGGCGAUAUUAACAUUGACGAACUGUUACCCGACGGUCCUCAUGGGAAUAUUCAAGGACAGAUGGAGGAGUUCCUGGGCCCCCAGCCUGAGUACGAUGAGGAAGAGGAGGAGAAGAAGUAUUACAGGAGGAAGAAGCUGGGCGUGGUGAAGAACGUCCUGGGGGCCAGCGUCGGGGGCAUGAUCAUAUACAGCGUCUACAUGGGCCUGUUGCAGAUGCAGCUGAUCCUCCACUAUGAUGAGACGUACAGGGAGGUGAAGUAUGGUAACCUGGGUCUGGAGGACAUCGACAAGAAGAUGCUGAUGGGGAUCAACGUUACACCCAUCAUAGCCCUGUUAUACACCCCCAUACUCAUCAGGUUUUUGGGCACCAAGUGGAUGAUGUUUCUGGCAAGUGGAAUUUACGCUCUCUUCGUCUCAACCAAUUACUGGGAGCGAUACUACACCCUGGUACCAUCGGCUGUGGCCAUUGGUGCAGCCAUUGUCCCGCUGUGGGCGUCGUUAGGGAACUACAUCACAAGGAUGGCACAACAGUACUAUGAGUAUGUGAACUAUAAGGAGGAUCACGUUCAGGAACAGAAGAAACUACCCAAGGGGGCGUGUCAUCGCUAUGUCAUCAUCUUCCAAUCCGUGUUCUUCAUCAUCUUCCAUGUAUGUUGCCAUUGGUCGAGUCACUUUGGUCUGUUCUUCCUCCACCAGUUCCUUAGUGACUACAACCUGUUAUUACUGUACAACGUUAAACACUGUGGUGCGGAGGGCAGUGGUAUGAUCGAGGGUUUCAACAGGACCGUCCUGAAGCACCUCCCUCGCUCCCUGCUGCUCAUCCAGGUGGAGAGUGUUCUCAUGGGGGCCGCCUUCCUCUCCAUGAUCAUCUUCCUGGCGGUGUGCGGGGCUGCGUACCGGCCUACAGAGGAGAUCGAUCUGAGGAGUAUCGGCUGGGGGAACAUCUUCCAGUUGCCCUUCAAACACCUGAGAGACUACAGGCUGAGACUCCUCAUCCCUUUCUUCAUCUACAGUGGACUGGACUCACUCUUCUCUGUCACGGGACUCACUCUGUCGUAUGGUGUGUGUACGGUGGGUCUGGAGUGGCUGUAUCUCCUGGUGAUGGUCUAUGGUCUGUCCUGCUCCCUGUUCUCCUGCCUGUCCCUGUCCCUCCUCAGGCUGCCACGCUACGUCUCUCUGCUAGGGGGCGCUGUGAUCCACGGUCCUCUGCUGGUGUUCCUGCUGUUCUGGUCCCCGGCUCCACGCUCACCUGAUCAACUGCCUUACCUGCUGGUGGUGAUCGCCCUCUGGGGAAUGGGGUCUGCAUUGAAUAAGACUGGACUCAGCAUUCUCCUGGGUAUGUUGUAUGAAGAUAAAGAGAGACUGGACUUUGUCUACACCAUCUACCACUGGUGGCAGGCUAUCGCCAUCUUCAUAGUCUACCUGUGGACUGGACUCAUCAUGAGGGCCAAACUCUCCAUUCUAUUGGUCAUCUUGCUGCUGGCGUGCUUCUGCUAUUGGACGAUGGAGCGACGCCUGGCCAAGAACAUGCAUUUCAGACUGCCUCGCAUUCCCCGCCCCAAACACAAGGUCAAAGGUUAUCGUUACCUGGAGGAGGAAAACUCAGAUGAGUCGAACUCGGAGGAGAGUGAUGAGGAUGAUGAUGAAGAGCAGCAGGAGGUGAUCAGGGAGGACUUUGACGGAGACGCAGUGUCGCAGGGCUCUGAUUCGACCAGGGAAAGGAGAGGAGGGGCUAGGGGUCGGCGCAGGAGGCGGGACGAUGAUUAUGAGCAAGCGGGGGAAAAGGAGGAGAGAGAGGGAUAGAGAAAGAGCGAAAGAGCGAAAAAUAGUGAGAGAGACAGAGAGAGAGCGAGUCCUUUAGCUAUCCGCUAGGUGUCCUCUAGGUGUCCUCUAGCUAUCCUCUAGGUAUCCUCUAGGUGUCCUCUAGCUAUCCUCUAAGUAUCCUCUAGGUGUCCUCUAGCUAUCCUCUUGGUGUCCUCUAGCUAUCCUCUAGGUAUCCUCUAGCUAUCCUCUAAGCAUCCUAUAGGUGUCCUCUAGGUAUCCUCUAGCUAUCCUCUAAGUAUCCUCUAGGUGUCCUCUAGCUAUCCUCUAAGUAUCCUCUAGGUGUCCUCUAGCUAUCCUCUAGGUGUCCUCUAGCUAUCCUCUUGGUGUCCUCUAGCUAUCCUCUAGGUAUCCUCUAGGUGUCCUCUAGCUAUCCUCUAGGUGUCCUCUAGCUAUCCUCUAGGUAUCCUCUAGCUAUCCUUCGGGUGUCCUCUAGCUGUCCUCUAGCUGUCAUGUAGCUGUCCUCUAGCUAUUCUCGAGCUGUCCUCAAGCUGUCCUCUAGGUAUCCUCUAGCUGUCCUCUAGGUAUCCACUAGCUGUCAUCUAGCUAUCCUCUAGCUAUCCUCUAGCUGUCCUCUAGCUGUCCUCCAGGUAUCCUCUAGCUAUCCUCUAGCUGUCCUUUAGCUAUCCUCUAGCUGUCCUCUAGCUGUCCUCUAGGUAUCCUCUAGCUGUCCUCUAGGUAUCCUCUAGCUGUCCUCUAGCUGUCCUCUAGCUGUCCUCUAGGUAUCCUGUAGCUGUCCUCUAGGUGUCCUCUAGGUGUCCUCUAGCUGUCCUCUAGCUGUCCUCUAGGUGUCCUCUAGCUGUCCUCUAGGUGUCCUCUAGCUGUCCUCUAGGUAUCCUCUAGCUAUCCUCUAGCUGUCCUUUAGCUAUCCUCUAGCUGUCCUCUAGCUGUCCUCUAGGUAUCCUCUAGCUGUCCUCUAGGUAUCCUCUAGCUGUCCUCUAGCUGUCCUCUAGCUGUCCUCUAGGUAUCCUGUAGCUGUCCUCUAGGUGUCCUCUAGGUGUCCUCUAGCUGUCCUCUAGCUGUCCUCUAGGUGUCCUCUAGCUGUCCUCUAGGUGUCCUCUAGCUGUCCUCUAGGUGUCCUCUAGCUGUCCUCUAGCUGUCCUCUAGGUAUCCUCUAGCUGUCCUCUAGGUAUCCUCUAGCUGUCCUCUAGCUGUCCUCUAGGUAUCCUCUAGCUGUCCUCUAGGUAUCCUCUAGCUGUCCUCUAGCUGUCCUCUUGGUACUUUCCCCAGUCCAGCUCUCUUACAUCAGUGCAGAUUAAGGAAAGGAGUUGAAUCAGAAGAAGAGACAAAACGUGUGUGUCUCAAAUGUAACCCUUUUCACUGCAUAGUGCCCUACUUUUGACCCCAAACUUUAACCCUAGUCAAAAGUUGUGCACUAUGAAUAAAGGUCCCAUUUGGAACGUAGACAAUACUGUAUGUCUAGGCUGUUGACAUGCACCUAGAGGGGGAUUGACAUAUAUAGAUAAUAAACCCAGUCAUAAUUGAAGAGGUUCAUCCACAGGAGGAUAAAACAGAGCGGUACAGGAGGAUAAAACAGAGUGGUACAGGAGGAUAAAACAGAGUGGUACAGGAGGAUAAAACAGAGUGGUACAGGAGGAUAAAACAGAGUGGUACAGGAGGAUAAAACAGAGUGGUACAGGAGGAUAAAACAGCGGUACAGGAGGAUAAAACAGAGUGGUACAGGAGGAUAAAACAGAGUGGUACAGGAGGAUAAAACAGAGUGGUACAGGAGGAUAAACAGAGUGGUACAGGAGGAUAAAACAGAGUGGUACAGGAGGAUAAACAGAGUGGUACAGGAGGAUAAAACAGAGUGGUACAGGAGGAUAAAAGAGUGGUACAGGAGGAUAAAACAGAGUGGUACAGGAGGAUAAAAGAGUGGUACAGGAGGAUAAAACAGUGGUACAGGAGGAUAAAACAGAGCGGUGCAGGAGGAUAAAACAGAGUGGUACAGGAGGAUAAAAGAGUGGUACAGGAGGAUAAAAGAGUGGUACAGGAG